UAACCCAGGCCCCUCAAGACUAAAAGCCCAUUACAUUUAGUAUCCCCUCAACUUCAAGAUGCCUAAGGCCACCACCGGAAAAACCACCAGUUCCAAGCAUAAAUUUGUGAUCGACUACUCGAAACCCGCCAGCGAUGGUGUGUUCGAUGGUGCUGACUUUGAGAAGUACCUCCACGACCGCAUAAAGGUCGAUGGCAAGUCUGGGCAGUUGGGCGACAAUGUCAAGGUCACCCGGGAUGGCAACACCAAAAUCACCGUUACAUCCAACAUCCCCUUCUCGAAGCGUUAUCUAAAAUACUUGACGAAAAAGUUCUUGAAGAAGAACUCUCUCCGUGACUGGAUUCGUGUCGUUGCAUCGGAAAAGGACACCUACCAACUUCGCUUCUACAACAUUGCCGGCGCUGGUGAUGAUGAGGAUGAGGAGUAAGACGAUCGCCAGACGUUGUCAUAUUUGGGUCCAUGGAUAUCUACCGCCAUCCCAUGACUGCACACUUUAUGUUAUGCUAUUUUAGAGGGUACCGCCGUAUAUCCCUCGCAAAAUGUAUCAUGUUUUUAUGGCGCGUAAAGUACCAAUGUCAUUGGUGGUUAUGCAAG